UGCUCCCGGCCCUGGCGUCCAGCCUGCGGUGGACGGGGUUUGCUUCAGGCGUGGGAGCCUCCAGCUACACUCGUCUUCAGUUUCCUCCCGGCAAAAGAUUCUGUGCCGCUGCCUUGUGCGGACACUGUAGUGUAGCACCCGAUCUCACAGCCCCAAGACUUGUUCUGACACUCCAGAGUGUUUUACGUCUUUAAUAAAUGUCACUCCUCCGAAUGGUUAACAUCUGCAGUUCUUCGGCUGAGCAUUCGUCAACAGAGCUCUGAGUUUAUUUCAAGCUACUGUCAUUUCUUGGUGUUAGCAGAGCAUGUGCUGCUCCUCUUAUCCAGGGAAGGCAAUUGUGGAGAUAGGUCUUGGCUCUGAUGCCGAGUGUUCUAGUCGCAGCAUAUGGCUGGACAACCGUGGUUUCUGUAGUGGUGGAGAGAGGUACUGGCAUGAGUUGGUGGGGGCAUCAAGACUGCCAUAUUCUGAUGGCUUAGAGUGACAUUGGCUGAACUCCUGAACCUUUAUUGCUUCCCUGUUUUCGCCUUUAAAAAUGAGUGUAAUGCCUAUGUGGUGGCCAGCUGACUUCGGUGGAAACUUCUGAAAUGGUGCGGGGGCAGCCAAAGCCAGCCCCACCAGCCCACAGCGCAUGACGAGUCCUGACAGGAGUCCUGUCACAGCCUGGCAGUCCCUUGUCCACAGCCAGCUUUCCUUUAUCAGCUUGCUUGCUGCAUGAGCGCUUUUCCUGGCCUGUCCUUUCACCAGAAGAAAUGCGGAAAAACCAGUUCUGUGGUUAAUUGCUGCACUUCCCUCCACGCCCAUGGGGCAGGUCUCCUCCUCCUCCUCACUCCUCAUGCACAGUCUGGGUGCACUUCAGCCUCCAGCCUCUUUGCCCCUGCCUGUGCUCGGCCGGCUCAGGUGCAUAAAGUGCAGGCAGCUGCCCUCCCGGCCCUGUCCUGCCCUGCCCUGCCUGAAGGGAUAUCAUUCCGAGGUGAUGGCUGGAGGGAACGAGCGGAGCGUGAAGGCCCUGAAGGAAGUGUGGAAAAGAGCGGAGAACUCUUUGUGUGCAGACUGCGGGAAGCCAGAUCCUGACUGGGCAUCAUCUACUUUGGGUGUCUUUAUAUGCCUCAGCUGUUCAGGAAUUCACCGCAACAUCCCUAGCAUCAGCAAAGUCAAAUCCCUGAAGAUGGACUACUGGGAUGAUGCUCAGGUGCAGUUUCUGGCCAAGCAUGGGAAUGCUGUGACUAAAGCCAUAUAUGAAGCUCACAUCCCUAUUUACUAUUACCAGCCAACCUACAAUGACUGCCAAGUGCUGAGAGAACAGUGGAUACGGGCCAAAUAUGAACGUAAAGAAUUUACUGAGCCGGGAAAACAGCUGCCAUAUUCUGAUGGGGUGAAGGAAGGCAUCCUUUGGAAGCGAGGUCGAGACAACGGGCAGUUCCUACCCCGCAAGUUCCUCUUGUCUGAGAGAGAGGGAUGUCUGAAGUAUUUCACCAAGCAGGAUGCCAAAGAACCCAAAAUCAAUGUUAAAAUAGAUGUCAUCAAUGCUACAUUCCAGCCAGAGAAGAUUGGGAACCCCAAUGGCCUGCAGAUCACCUAUCUCAAAGAGAAUAAGACCCGGAAUAUAUUUGUCUACCAUGAAAGUGGAAAGGAGGUAGUGGACUGGUUCAACGCCAUCCGCUCCGUGCAGUUCCAUUACCUGAAGGUAGCAUUUCCCAUUGCCAGCGAUAAUGAGAUUAAAAAUCGUCUGACGAGAAACUUCUUGAAGGAGGGAUACAUGGAGAAGACUGGUCCCAAGCAGAGAGAGGCUUUCAAGAAGCGCUGGUUCACGCUGGAUCACCGCAGGCUCAUGUACUUCAAGGAUCCUUUGGAUGCAUUUGCUAAGGGUGAGGUAUUUGUGGGCAGCGGAGAGAAUGGAUACAGCGUCCAGAAGGGAUUGCCUUCAGGGACACAGGGCAACUUCUCUUGGCACUAUGGCAUCACCAUUGUCACCCCUGACCGGGAAUACCUCUUCACCUGCGAGACAGAGAGUGACCAGCUGGAGUGGAUCAGAGCCUUCACUAGUGUCAUCAACCAGGCCAUGACACCACAGGAAUAUGCAAUUGAAGCCUACUUCAAGUUUAAAUCCUAGGAAGCCAUGCAGGAAUCUCGCUAUGACUCGACUCUACCUGGUCCUAUUGGGUGGCUGUCAGGACAGGAGAGGAGAUUGACGUCAGAGAAACACAGUGUUCUUGGAGCACCCUUUGAAGCACUUUUGCCCCCAUAGAAUAUCCACUUUGUUUUGAGGGCCCGAUUAAGCUGCUUCUUUUCAAGUGCAAGACUUUGUGUGUCUGAAUCCUCAAUACAACCUGUCCCUGUUAAAUUGCUGUGAUCUGACUGGAUGCUGACAGGUCUUGCCUGUCAGUCGGGCCUUGAAAACUGUGGCACUUAUUAUGUUGGACAUGGGACCUAGCAUCACUCCUGCAUGAAACUGCAGAUAGCCACCCACCCUACACAAGUAAACAGCUGCCUGGCUGGAGCCAGGCACCCCAGCGGGUUGCAGGGGCUGCUAAAAGGGACUAAAAGAGCCUGUUCCUUUUAAGAGAUAUCAUAUCUGCCAGUGAAAGAGAUGUGAAAACAUCUAGGUAUUUGAUCAGUUAGUGCAAUGGUUGAGAAAGGUCACUUAAAAGAUGUAACCUAACAGCCAAACAUGCGGCCUGUUUCCUUCUGCCAUGUAUGGGCAUGAAACCUUCUUCAGACCACAUUUGUGUGCAGACCUUCCACCAAAUGCUUCAGAGAAGAUUAAGAGAUCGUCUCAAAAAUAAUGUGGAUAUACAUUUGGGUAUGUGGAUAAUGUGUGUAUGCACACACAUGUAGCAGUGAUGGAGGUGGAAUACUGCCCUAGGGAAGAUACUGUGAGGGAUAUUCAUGCCACUGAAGAUCAGCUGCCAAACUUGAGUCUCUAUCAAACCAGUAGAGAGAGGUUGGGUCUUGAAGGGAGCAGCUGAUAGUGUGUAUAGAGUUCAGAGCCUGCUGUCUCUACUAAAGCCUAGGGUUUGAUGCCUGAAUACAGUAAUACAUGGAUCUCUGCUCCCUCAUUCUCUGUAUGUCAAAGGCCUGGCACUUUCAUUUUGACCUACACAUUGCAUAUGUUUUUCUUGCAUAUCACACAUACAUAUCAUUGUAUGCAGUAGUAUAAUAGGGGAAGUCUGUAUGUUCAUGUUCUAUUAGUAACAGUUAGCCCAAAACACUAAAUCAACCCAUGAUUCAUGUCUUAAAGCUCAUCUCUUAAAGCUCUCUUGGGAGAGCUGUGUUUCACGUGCUGGAAGGAGCAGCUGAGUUCUGCUGGUUACUGUAGAAUCUGAUGUGUUUGCAGUUUUACACAGGCAAUGUGAGAAAAGGUAUCUCGUGUUACGGGGAGCUAGCUGGAAUUAAUGAGACAACCAGUACUUUAAUUAGCCCCUAAAGAAAUAAAUAAAAACUCCCACUGUAUUUUA